GCGGUGGGGGGGGGGGGGUCAGAAUGAGGGCCAUGGAGAACAUACACGAUCUGAUCGAGGAGGCCAAGGCUCGGACCCUCUGGUGGGCUCUCGUCAUCUUCGCCGUCUCCUACUUCCUCUCCCAUACAAGUAAAUCAAUGUGGAUGAAUAUACCUGUAGCAAUACUAUUUGUCUCUGCAAUGCGGAUUGUUUUCAAUGAAGUUGAUUUCCAGUGGAAAGUUCGGUCCGUCCGUCCCCAGUCUUAUUUGUCUAUUCUGAAGGAGAGGCAGUUAUCCAUAAAUGACUCACGUCUUACAACUCCUCCACCUCCUCCAAAAUGGAAGAGAAAAGUUGAUUCACCUAUUGUGGAAGCUGCAAUCACUGAGUUCAUUGACAAAAUCUUGAGGGAUUUUAUUAUAGAUUUAUGGUACACUGAUAUCACACCAGAUAGGGACUUUCCAGAGCACAUACGUGCAAUAAUCAUGGAUGCUCUUGGGGAGAUAUCAGGAAGAGUCAAAACAAUUAACCUUGUUGACUUACUAACCAGGGACAUAGUUGAUUUGAUAGGUCAGCACUUAGAUCUUUUCAGAAGGAACCAAGCAGUUAUAGGUACUGAUGUGAUGGGGACUCUAUCGUCUGAGGAGAGGGAUGAAAGGUUGAAGUUCCAUCUUAUGGCAUCCAAGGAGCUCCAUCCUGCAUUGGUAUCUCCUCAGAGUGAAUACAAGGUGCUUCAGCGACUCAUGGGUGGAGUUAUAACUUUAGUCCUGAAACCAAGAGAAGCUCAGUGCCCUGUCGUGAGAUCCAUUGCUCGAGAGCUCGUCACUUGCUUAGUCAUCCAGCCUGUCAUGGAUUUCGCAAGCCCAGCGUAUAUCAAUGAAGUAAUUGAAUUACUUGUCCUUGCUUUUAAAGAGGAUGGGAGCAAAGUAUUUGGUGGUACCCAGGCAACUAAUGUUGCUGACCCCCAUGGUUUUUCUGGCACUGCUCAGGCUAAAGAUGGUGAAUCUAAAUUUCCAUCCAGCAAUUCUAAUAUUAAUGCAAUGGUAGGUACACCUGGAGAUGAAUCCUUUGGUUCUAGUACAGUUCAAGAAGAGAGUAAGCAACCUAGGACUGCUGAUUGGGCAAGGGUGCUGGAGGCAGCGACCCAGAGAAGAACUGAAGUUCUUAUGCCUGAAAAUCUUGAAAACAUGUGGUCCAAAGGAAGAAAUUAUAAAAAAAGAGAGGCAAAGAAAGUUAAAGCAGCAGGUCAGGAAUCAGUUGGAAGUGGGUCAGUUCAUUCUAUUCCUCCUAUAGAUCGAAAACGGGAAUCAUCAAUCACUGGGGCGGGAGAUUCUACUAGAUCUGAAGAGAAAGCCAUAGUCCAGUUGCCUUCCCCAUCGGUCUUUGAUAGUCCACUGGAUCUUGAGAAUGAUUCUUCGAGAAAAGAAAAACAGCCACUUUUUGGACAAGGGAAUUAUGAGGAGACAAUGGAGGAUGCUGGUAAUAUUGGUGCUAAUGACAGGAGAAUUAGACUGAAGAGAUCGAACAGCACUUCCGCUUUAAAAGUUGAUCCAGAAACAAAAAAGGCAUUUACAGGAGGUAGUGAAAGUGCAUAUAUCGCUGAGUUCUACAGCCCGGAUUUUGGCAGCCAUAGCUUUGAUUAUAAACUUAAAAGUUCCUCGGACAUGGUAAUUCGAAGCGAGGGUCCUCGUCUACCCAAGCUCAAGUGCCGGGUGUUGGGGGCAUAUUUUGAAAAACUUGGAUCGAAGUCUUUUGCGGUUUAUUCAAUUGCUGUGACAGAUGCAGGAAGCAAAACAUGGUUUGUCAAGAGAAGAUACAGUAACUUUGAGCGGUUGCAUCGACAUCUUAAAGAGAUUCCUAAUUAUACACUACAUUUGCCACCUAAGAGGAUAUUCUCAUCAAGUACAGAGGAUGCUUUUGUACAUCAGCGCUGCAUUCAGCUUGACAAGUAUCUGCAAGAUCUUUUGUCGAUAGCUAAUGUUGCUGAACAACAUGAAGUGUGGGAUUUCUUGAGUGCUUCCUCAAAGAACUACUCUUUCGGAAAAUCAUCUUCGGUGAUGAGGAGCCUAGCAGUGAAUGUGGACGAUGCAGUGGAUGAUAUUGUCCGGCAGUUCAAGGGGGUUUCGAAUGGAUUAAUGCGUAAAGUUGUAGGUCCUACACCUUCCUCUUCUGAAGCAUCGGCGUCGAUUUCAGCGAGGCACCUGUCCUGGAAUGCAGAUGAAAUAGAUAGAUAUGUUUCCAGGCAAAACACUGCAGAAACAUCAACCAGUAUCUCUGAUAAUGAGGAUGGUGAUGGAGAUGGAAAUCGUGGCAGUGAUGAAGUAGGAUCUAGUGGACAUGCAAAUGGAUGGCAUUCAGAUAAUGAGUUGAACUCCAAGAAUUUUCCCCCUCGGGUGGUCAAACGUGGCGAAGGCUCUAGGAACUCAUUGUCUGAAAAGAAGCAUGGUUUGGUGCUUCAUUCUGAUUGGAAUGGGCAGCCUGGUUCUUCCCUGACAAAUUUUCAAGCAGCUCCAGAUCAAUUGGUAGACCCUGUUGGCAUGCCUCCUGAGUGGAGUCCUCCGAAUGUUUGUGUGCCUAUGUUGAAUUUGGUGGACAAGAUUUUUCAGCUUAAGAGGAGGGGGUGGCUAAGGAGACAGGUAUUUUGGAUUUCAAAGCAGAUUCUACAGUUGGUAAUGGAAGAUGCUAUUGAUGAUUGGCUCUUGAGGCAGAUUCACUGGCUUCGAAGUGAGGAAACUAUAGCCCAAGGAAUUCGGUGGGUUCAAGAUGUUCUCUGGCCUGAUGGUACAUUUUUUCUGAAAUUUGGAAAAAGCAAGAUUGAAGAAGAUGAUAUGCAACCAAAUGAAAGAUUAUUUCAGACUAUAAAUCAGUUUGGUGGGAGUAGGAUAUCCAAACAAGGGUCCUCAUCCUUCGAGUUGCAGCUUGAAGCUGCUCGCAGAGCCAGUGAUGUCAAGAAGAUGUUAUUCGAGGGAGCUCCCACGACGCUAGUCAGCUUGAUAGGCCACAAGCAGUAUAGGCGUUGUGCCAAAGACAUGUACUACUUCCUUCAGUCUUCUAUUUGUGUGAAGCAACUGGCGUAUGGAAUACUGGAACUCUUACUAGUGUCGGUUUUCCCCGAGUUGCGUGAUGUUGUCGUAGACAUCCAUCAGAAGAUGCGUGUCGAGCAACCUGCUUAGGGCAAUUAACGAGGGAUUUCACAAUUUUGGCCAUGUCGUCUUGGAAUAGUCCACUGGGUCCUUACCGCCGUUACGUCCUGUCUAUGUUGAACCUUCCCCUAUCGAUCGGGAAUAUACAAGUAAAUGAGGAUUGCGAAUUCACGAGGUCCGACGAAACCAGUUUUGCAGGAAAGGAUCGGGCUUUGUCUCCUCCAAUGCUAACUGUACAGAAGCGCACAUUCAGCGUCUGUAUAUAGUUCAUGUGCAUACCUUGUUUCACUUGAAGCAAAAUACCCCCACGUUUGAUUGGGGUACGUGUGUUCUCCUUUGUGCAUCUUUACUGUUUGAAGAUGAAAAGGAACGACCCACCCAAUUCUUUCUGUAUUGUAUACCCGAACGGUUGUCUGUUACGAUUGUAGAGAAGCUCAGGUGCUAAUGCUCACAAAUGUGCGCUUUCUCCA